AUGGCUCUUUCGAUGAGUGCCGCGCAGAGCGUGGCGAGCAGCUUCCUCGCGUGUUAUUACAACGAAUUCGUGAAAACGGAUGAGAUGGCGAACAUGGCGGAGUUCUACAACGACAACUCCUACCUCACCCUUGCCGACCUCAACGAGGAGGCGCCGUUUAUCGCGCACGGCAGUCGGGAGAUCCGGCUCCACCUCGCGCACCUCGACAAGCAACUCGGGAUGCGGAAGGUGGAGAUCAUCAUCGCGGACCCCACCCCGCUUCCGGAUGGCAGCGUGCAGAUUUUCUGCCAAGGCGUGAUGUUCAUCCGGAUGUUUCGUCGGGUUUUCCUGCACGCCUUCGUGCUCUCCCCGGUGGCGUACCGAAGCAACACCUUCUACGUCGCCUCCGAUUACCUGCGGUUUAUGAACGCGGAGGAGGAGGUGAUCCCGCCGGGCGCGGUCGUCCUCGCGCAACACGAGGUGGAGGCCUUCCUCGCGGAAAAGGCCCGCCGCUCCGAGGAGGACGCGAAACGGCAGCAGCUUUUGGAAUUUCAAAAACGACUUCGCCGUCAGAAGGAGGAGCGGAUGGCGAUGCUGGGGUCGACCUCGAAACCCCCCCUCCCGCCUUCCCAGCCGACCAACGCGCCCGCCGGGGAGACGCGGGAGCGGCCGCGUGAACGGCCAGGCGAGGGUGAACGAAGAGGAGAAGAACGGCGAGGAGAAGAAAGGAGAGGAGAAGAAAGGAGAGGAGAAGAACGGCGAGGAGAAGAACGGCGAGAAGAAAGGAGAGGAGAAGAAAGGAGAGGAGAAGAACGGCGAGGAGAAGGCGAACGGCAAAGGGGAGAGCGGCGUGGCGAGCGAGUAGACGGGGAACGCCCGCGGGAGCGGUAUUGGCAGGGGGAUCGGGAACGACGCGGGGAUCGGCCGGGUGAAGGGGACCGCCCGCGAGGAGGGGAGCGGCGUGGUGAGCGAGUAGACGGUGAACGCCCGCGCGGCGAGCGGCAAGGGGAGCGCUAUAGACAGAAUGAUCGAGAGAAACAAGGCGAACGAUCCGGGGAUCAUGAACGACGUCGUGAACGUCCGGGGGAUCAUGAAAAACGUGGGGAACGACAGGGUGAGAAUGAAAAACGCCGUGAACGUCAAGGCGACGGGGAACGCCCGCACGAACGAUCCGGGGAUCAUGAACGACGUGGUGGAAAGCAGGGCGAGGGGGAACGUCCACGGGAACGACAGAACACGGGCGAAAAAGACAAGGAAAGGGAAAAGAACAAGGAGCGAGAGAAAGGCGGACCGAAAGGCGAGGACGACGCGCGCCGCCGCGCUCCCACGCACGUCCGUCUCGUCCGCGUCCCGCUUGAGAUCACCUUGACGGCGAUUCGGGAGGUGGUGGAGGGAAUGGCGGGGGGAAAACCGCGGGAUGCGUAUUGGCUUGGUCGAGAUAGAGAGCAUGCGGUGCUCGAGAUGCGCAACGCCGCGGCGGCGCAGGCGCUGCUCAAAUCCCCCACCCUAAAAAUCCUCAGCCAUGAGGUGAAGGUGAUGCCCUUUUACGUGUAA